CCCAAUCAGAGCGCGAGAGCCGCGCCCAGCCCCGGGCAGACUCCAGCAGCGCGCCCUCCGCUCGCCGCCGCCACUCGCUGGGGACCUCUCACCAUGCAGACCGCCCCGCACCCCGUCGCCAUCCACAUGCAGCCCCACGACGGCAAAGAGCCGGACGCGCCGCCGUACCCCUACGCCAGAGCAGUCGCGGGCCCGCAACCCCAGGACCAUGUGCUGUGGUCCUUGUUCAGCUUCUCGUUCCUGAACGCCUGCUGCCUCGGCUUCGCCGCGCUGGUCUUCUCCAUCAAGUCAAGGGAUCGCAAAGUUGUUGGAGAUCCUGAAGGUGCAGCUACCUAUGGCAGGACCUCCAAGUGUCUGAACAUCGCUGCUCUAAUAGUGAGCAUCAUAAUAUUCACCAUCGCCAUCGCCAUCACUAUUACCGGAUUUUUUGCUCCAUAGGGCGCACCAGACCAUAGGGCACAUCUCG